AUGGCGUUUCUCAGAGGGGCAGGGGGUCCUAUGCGCCAGCAGCAGCAGCAGCAGCAAAAGCAGCAGCAGCAGCAGCAACAGCAGCAGCAAGCCGCAGCCGGCACCCACUACAGCAGCAGCUGCUGCUCCGGUAACCUGUUGCUGCUGCACUCUGUUGACUGCAAGAGCAGCAGCAGCAGCAGCAGCAAAGCUACAGCUUCUUUCUCGCAUGCACGUGUAUCGGCAACUGCGCAGCAGCAACAGCAGCAACAGCAGCAACAGCAGCAACAGCAGCAACAGCAGUAA